AACAGACGUGAAUGCAUGAAUAAUUUUGAAUUUUAUGAAAACCAGUUUAGAUGUACCAAUUUUCUAACUCCAUAUGUCGCAAAAGGGUAUGCAAUAAAACGUUUUCAAAUUACACUAUAUAUUCACAUUAACUAUACAAAUGAUGUGUUAAAUGUUGACUACUUUUCACAUGGGAACAACUUUAUAAAUAAAAAUAGCCUUGCUGAAUGUCGGACAGCAAGCAUCCUAGUGAAACUUCAACUCCUGUGGGGACAAGUACAGCGUGUUUUUAGAUCAGUUGGGAAACGGUGUGCCGACAGGCUCCAACAUAUGGGCUCAGCUUGUAACAAUAAUAUGGCAGACUAUCUUAUUACUGGCGGAACAGGGUACGUACCAGAUGAUGGUCUAACAGGUGCCCAGUUGUUCUCACACGGUGAUGGAUUCACGUACAAUGAUUUUCUCAUCCUGCCAGGCUUUAUUGACUUUUCAGCAGAUGAGGUGGAUCUGACAUCAGCACUGACAAAGAGGAUCACUUUGAGAGCACCUUUUGUAUCAUCACCCAUGGACACAGUGACAGAAUCUCAGAUGGCUAUUGCCAUGGCUUUAUGUGGAGGAGUUGGAGUAAUUCAUCAUAAUUGUUCAGUUGAUUUCCAAGUUAAUGAAGUGAGAAAGGUGAAGAAAUACGAGCAAGGCUUUAUUGUAGACCCAGUUGUGAUGUCACCUUUACAUACAGUUCAAAAUGUGAUAACUGCGAAGAAACAAUAUGGGUUUUCUGGUAUACCAAUCACAGAGAAUGGACAUAUGGGCGAGAAACUGGUUGGUCUUGUUACACAAAGAGAUAUAGACUUCCUGUCAUCAGAAGAUUAUAAAACACCAGUUUCUGAAGUGAUGACCCCUUUUGAGGAGUUAGUUUGUGCUCCAGCAGGUGUUACACUAAAAGAAGCUAACCAGAUAUUACAAAAAAGCAAAAAAGGAAAGCUUCCAAUCAUUAAUGACAAUGGUGAGCUGGUGGCGUUGAUUGCCAGGACAGAUACAAAGAAAAAUAGAGAAUACCCAUUGGCAUCCAAAGAUGAAAAGAAGCAGUUAUUGGUUGGGGCAGCGGUCAGCACACAUGAGACAGAUAAACCUCGGGUAGAGGCUCUUGUUAAUGCGGGAGUAGAUUUUAUUGUUAUAGACUCGUCUCAAGGAAAUUCCAUAUAUCAAAUAGACAUGAUUAAAUCAUUAAAGAAACGAUACCCUGACCUUCAAGUUAUAGGAGGUAAUGUUGUGACUGCAGCACAAGCAAAGAAUCUCAUAGAUGCAGGUGUUGAUGGCCUCCGUGUUGGAAUGGGGAGUGGGUCCAUAUGUAUUACACAAGAAGUUAUGGCUGUUGGCCGUCCUCAGGCUACUGCGGUGUACAAGGUAGCGGAAUAUGCUAGACGGUUUGGUGUACCGGUGAUAGCAGAUGGUGGUAUCUCAACAGUUGGUCAUCUCAAUAAAGCUUUAUCACUUGGUGCUUCCACAGUUAUGAUGGGAUCAAUGUUGGCCGGCACAUCUGAGGCCCCAGGAGAAUAUUUCUUCGCUGAUGGUGUCAGAUUAAAAAAAUACAGAGGUAUGGGGUCACUAGAUGCCAUGGAAAAACAUAGAGCUAGCCAGAGUAGAUAUUUUAGUGAAAGUGACAAGUUGAAGGUUGCACAAGGAGUCUCUGGGUCCAUUCAGGAUAAAGGAUCAAUACACAAAUUUGUCCCUUAUUUAAUAGCAGGUGUUCAACAUGGCUGUCAGGACAUAGGUUCUAAAAGUCUGUCACAUUUAAGAUCUAUGAUGUAUUCAGGAGAGCUGAAGUUUUGAAAGGAGAACAACUUCAGCACAGAUAGAGGGUGGAGUUCAUAAUUUACACUC